GCGGCGCCUGUUUGCCGGGGACACGAGCGCAGGCUCUGGGGCGCAGAGCACGGCUGGGCCGUCUCCGGGUGUCCAGCCGGGGCCGCUCUCUAGCCUCGCUGAAAGACAACAAUGCCGGCAAGUGCUAGUGAGAGUUUGAGGUGACGGAACGUGGGAGAGUGAUAGCACAGCUGUGAGAACGAAGCAUUCAUCCCGCGGUUUCUGGAGAUCAGAUCGAGUACAAGUUGUGUUUGGAGCAGGUGUAUAUUCAGAGGUCUGGAAUUGGAAUUACUUUAAGGGUGAAACUUGUGUCUUUCAAGUUGAACCAAAUCAGCAAUUCUUAAAGAAGUCAUGAAAGGGAAGUUACUGAAGGACUUGCAACGAAAAGCGUUUGUGAUGUUUCGAAGCUCAAGGAGAACAUUGUUGAGAUGGAUGUCCAUGGCAGAAUAAGAGAAAUCCUUGCUGAGACAAUACGGGAAGAAUUGGCACCUGAUCAACAACAGUUAUCAACUGAAGAUUUGAUCAAAGCCCUUAGACGUCGAGGAAUCAUUGAUGAUGUGAUGAAAGAACUUAAUUUUGUUACUGACAGUGUUGAUCAAGAACUCCCUUCCUCUCCAAAGCAACCUGUUUGUUUCACUGAUAGACAAUCAACCUUGUUAAAAAAAACUAAUAUUGAUCCAACACGGAGGUAUCUUUACCUUCAGGUUUUGGGUGGAAAAGCUUUCUUGGAACAUCUACAAGAACCUGAGCCUUUACCAGGACAAGUUUGUUCAACCUUUACUUUAUGUUUACAUUUUCGAAACCAACGUUUUCGUUCUAAACCUGUUCCAUGUGCCUGUGAACCAGAUUUUCAUGAUGGCUUUUUACUUGAAGUACACAGAGAAAGCUUGGGUGAUGGAACUAGAAUGGCUGAUUCAACAACAAUGUUAUCAAUAAGUGAUCCAGUUCAUAUGGUGCUAAUCAAAACAGACAUAUUUGGUGAGACUACUUUAGUAGCAUCCUAUUUUCUUGAAUGGCGAUCAGUUUUGGGCUCAGAAAAUGGAGUGACCAGUCUUACUGUGGAACUUAUGGGUGUAGGCACAGAAUCAAAAGUUUCUGUGGGAAUUUUAAAUAUAAAACUUGAGAUGUACCCACCACUCAAUCAGACAUUAUCUCAAGAAGUAGUGAACACACAGCUUGCUUUGGAACGUCAGAAAACUGCAGAGAAAGAACGAUUAUUUCUUGUAUAUGCUAAGCAGUGGUGGAGAGAAUAUUUGCAGAUUCGACCCUCACACAACUCCCGGCUGGUUAAGAUUUUUGCACAGGAUGAAAAUGGGAUAAAUAGACCAGUCUGUUCCUAUAUUAAACCACUUCGAGCUGGGAGGCUUUUGGAUACUCCAAGGCAAGCAGCAAGAUUUGUUAAUGUCCUUGGUUAUGAAAGAGCCCCAGUUAUUGGAGGAGGAGGUAAACAGGAACAGUGGUGCACUCUGCUGGCCUUUCUCUGUAGAAACAAGGGUGACUGUGAAGAUCAUGCUAAUCUUCUGUGCAGCCUUCUUCUUGGAUAUGGAUUAGAAGCUUUUGUGUGUGUUGGGACUAAGGCAAAAGGAAUACCUCAUGCAUGGGUUAUGACCUGUGGAACUGAUGGAACUGUCACUUUUUGGGAGAGUUUAACGGGACACAGGUAUAUCCACAAACCUGUCAAUCCUGAUGAAUCUCCAGUUGCUGAACAGCCCAAGCCAUUGUACCCAUAUCGAACAAUUGGUUGUGUUUUCAAUCAUCAGAUGUUCCUGGGAAAUUGUCAGCCCUCUGACUCAGUAGAAAUAUGUGUGUUUGAUUUGAAUGAUGAAUCCAAAUGGAAACCCAUGAGUGAAGAAGCAAUCAAAUCUGUGUGUGCCCCAGGAGCUACAACAUCCCUUCCUCCCUUUCCCCCUCUAUGUGCAUCUACAAUUGAUGCUUCAGUAACAAGUAAUGAAAUAGAAAUGCAGCUAAGGCUACUAGUGUCAGAACACAGAAAGGAUCUUGGUCUCACCACUGUUUGGGAAGACCAGCUUUCCUAUCUCUUAUCACCAGCUUUGGCUUCUUAUGAAUUUGAGCGUACAACAAGUAUAUCUGCAGGCAAUGAAGAAUUUCAAGAUGCCAUAAGGAGGGCUGUACCUGAUGGUCACACAUUUAAAGGGUUCCCAAUACAUUUUGUAUAUAGAAAUGCAAGGCGUGCAUUUGCCACAUGUCUUCGGUCUCCUUUCUGUGAAGAAAUAAUCUGUUGCCGUGGAGACCAGGUGCGACUGGCAGUUCGUGUCCGAGUGUUUACUUACCCUGAAUCUGCAUGUGCUGUUUGGAUCAUGUUUGCUUGUAAAUAUCGCUCAGUAUUAUAGGACUAACAUUUCUGUAAGAAUAUACCUGUAUUUUAUUGGAAUUUUACACAUUGUACAUUACUAGCUGUUUAGAGGUUCAUUAUUUUAAAAAUCAUAUUCUGGCUUGGAUGUCACAUUUUACUAUUGUAUAUACCUGACUGAAAAUGUUUGAAAAAAAUCAUGUAUGUAUUUAAAAAUUAAGAAUGAAAAACUUGUAUAAAUCUGAGUGGAAUUUAGUAUAAAUUAAGUGUUUAUUUUAUUUUAAUAAAUGCUACUUUGUUUACAGGUA